CGCGCGGGAAGUCUACCUUCCUCGCCGGUUCUUCUGUGCGGAAUCGAGCGUCGAAUGUGCCCGUUCUUUUGAGAAAUCGAAAUGCGCGUGAUCAAUCUGUUACCGUGUUUGAGGAGCGCAGCCGACCUGCAGCAGCACAUAGAUCGCAAUGCCACGACGGAAAAGCAGACGAGCAAAGAGGUCGAGCUGCAGGAUUCGACGAGCAGUCGCGAAAGGGGUGGAAUUUGGCUGCAAAUCAUUGCGGCUAUCAGUGGUGAGUUCGAUUAUCGAGCGCCACGACACGACAACAAAUAUCUCGUUCGAGCAGCGAGUUUCGCGGUGAUGGCCUGCGGCGGCUACCUCGGCUGGACGUCGCCGGCGCUGCCGCACCUGCUGUCGACGCGCUCGAGCUUCCCGGUGACGGUCCAGCAGGCGUCCUGGAUCGCCUCGCUGUACACGCUCGGCGGCAUCUUCGGCUCGCUGCUCAGCCCGCUGAUGGUCGACCGGCUGGGACGCAAGCUGUCGCUGCUGGCGUUCGCCAUGCCGCAGCUGGCCGGCUGGGGCCUGAUCAUCGGCGCGCACAGCUACCCCGUGCUGUACGUGGCCAGGCUCGUGGCCGGCAUCUCGCACGGCGGCAUCUACAACGUGGCCGUCAUCUACUUGGCCGAGAUCGCGGACAAGGACAUCCGCGGCGCCUUCGGCACGAUGCUCAAGAUGUGCACCAACCUGGGCGGCCUGUUCGUCACCAGCUUGGGCGCCUACCUCACCUACGACCAACUGAACGUGGCCUCGCUCAGCCUGCCGGUGAUCUUCGUCGCGACCUUCGUGUUCAUGCCCGAGUCGCCGUACUUUUAUCUGAUCCAGCAUCGCGAGGAGGAAGCGGUGCGCAGCCUCAUGCGGCUGAGACGAGUCUCGAAUGCCGGUGACGUGAUAAAGGACGUGGCGAUCAUGAGGGAGGCCGUGCUCGCGGGUCAGCGCUCCGGGAGAAGCGCGCUGCGCGAGCUGGUGUCCGACAGGGGCAACCGUCGCGGUCUGUGGAUCCUGCUCAGCCUGAAGGUCACUCAGCAGCUGUCGGGACACAUGGCCAUAGUCGCGUACACGCAGGAGAUCUUCGGCCACAGCGAGUCCGCCUUGAAGCCGCAGUACGCCGUGAUCGUGCUCGGGGUGGCCCAGCUGGCCGCGGGUCUGGCGGCCGCGGGCUUGAUCGACCGCCUCGGGCGCCGCGUCCUCGUUCUCUUCUCCGGCGUGUCGGCGGCGCUCGCGCUCGCCCUCGUCGGCCUCUUCUUCUUCUUGAAGUACAGCCUGCGCGCCGACGUGUCGACCGUCACCUGGCUGCCCGUCGCCGCGCUCGUCCUCUACGAGAUCAUGGUGGCGCUCGGGAUCGGCACCAUUCCCUACGUCAUCCUCGGCGAGAUUUUCCCGACCAACGUCAAGGGCCCGGCCGUCGCUUCGGGAAUUAUCAUUGGCUCGGUAUUCGCUUUCGUCGUCGGUCUCGGUUUCCACGCGCUCAACCAAGCUGCCGGCAUUCACACCACAUUUUGGUUCUUCUCGGGCUGCUGCGCCGCCGGCACAACCUGGGUUUACAUGAUUACGCCCGAAACCAAGGGCAAAACGCUCGAAGAGAUUCAAGUGCUCUUUAAUCCCAACAAGAAGAAGGACGUUGAAAGCAACGCGGCUUUGUGAGCGAGGCAGCCACUUUUCGUACGACGUUUCAUUCGCGAGAUUAUCGUGGUCGCGACGGUGAUUCCAAGAAAGCUUGUCACAAAUUUCGCUUAACUUUCGACGACGCGAUUCCGAAAUUGAAUUCUCAAACGAUGCUGUCAUUGAACUACGUUUGAUUGAUUGAACCUUACAUAGACUAUAAUGUCUUUGUUCCGGUUAUGCCCAGACUAUCUUCUUAAGUAUUUCAAAUACUUUUUCAAGCUGAUACGAGUACGUCAACCGACGCUCCAGUGAACCUGUAAUAAUCGUAUGUUGACGAUGUAUUUAUUGGUAUGUUCAAAUUACUACAUUUUUGUCGUUUUUGUUUAGUCAAUUAAAUUAUAUUUAAGAUUAACUUGAAAUGAAAUUUCACAUAUUGACUGGGUUUAUAUUUUAUCUACUUGAUUGACAUUUUUUUUAAUUUAUUUGAUUGACGAUUUGUCUUAGGUACGCAUUAUUUUGUAACGCGUUUUGUUUUUCAUAUCUCUUAGAGAAAUCCAAUAACUAGAAAAUUAUAACGAUUAUAUUUAUCAUUGCACGACAAAAAAUAUGGCAAUAUCUGUGAGACGUGACUUGACGUUUUUUCUUUAUAUUGUUAAGCUGAAUCCUAUAAAGUAUGUGAUAUAGUUGUAUAUGUAUACGAGCUCGUUAUUACUGUGCGCUCAUCAUUCAUGCAUGAAAAAUGACUCAUAUCUCGUAUUUUUGCCAAAUCUUUAUUAUACAUUGUUUACUUUGCCGACACUCUUGUAAAUAUAUAUUUAUAACAUCUUAUAAUUAUAUCAAUGUUCAUAAUAAAUUCUUUUGAAUAAACAUCUCUUGUCGUUUCUUUAUGCGAAUAUUGCGUUAAAUUUAAUUGUUAAUGAACUUUCCGUAAAUUUGUAAUUGUAGCAUUGUGCAAUAGGAUGACCCGGCAAGAAUUAUUAUGUAAAAGCUCGUGAAAUUCUUGAGAUACCAAUGAUUCAAUCGUAGUUGCAAUUUUCGCGUUGCGGCCUUGCACGCGCAGCUCUGAAUGAG